ACUUUAUUUACUCCAUUAUUUGCUAUAAAAGAAACAGUUAUAAAAAUAAUUUCCCUUUAGAAAAAAAUUUCUACAAGACACUUUUACAUCAAUUCCCAAAUGUUUUGCGACUGAUGCGAAAUAGCAGGGGGGGGGAGACAACCUUAAUCCUACAGAGAGGAAGUUCUGAGUUGUCAUUAUAAAAGGGAAAUCUGACGGAAGAGAGAAGAUCCGAAGACCAUUUAUAGAAAUUGAUAUGAUCAAGACAAUUUUCAGGUGAAAAACUCUAUUGUCAUUCUUUUUGAGUCUUAGAAGAGUUGGAAAACUACUGAAUAAAGAAGCCAGUGUUUAUAUAAUUGGCGUCCCUUUGAUUUCUUCAUAAUAAUAUUCUGUAAUUAUUAAUGCAUGAUAUUAACUUAAUGAGACCUACCAAAACGGAACAAGGAUAUUUUGUUUAAGGAGUUUUCGACUCCAAAAAUAGGGUUUCUGCCGAAAUGACAAAUAAGUAUUUACGAGAAGAGAUAUAAAAACCAAUUUGUACAUUGCGAGUGGAAACUACGUACUAUUACGUUCGUGCAGCUGUAGAGAAAAUCAACUGAGGAAUGUUAAUUGACAUUUGAUCGAUUGGUCAAACCACGGUCCACGAGACUACAAACUUUUGUAGUUUAACUACUCUGUAGAGAAAAUAUGGCAGCUACACUACUACAACUUGACAUCGAAAAGUAGCCUCUUUGAAAUUAAUUUCAUUUUUAUACAAUUACAUGACGUAACACUUUGCGCAUUAAAUUUAUGCCAUCAUGACUUCAAGAAAAAUGGAAAAGCCCCGAAAUUUUAUUAUAUUUCUGAGAGUCAGUCUGUCUAAAGAAAAGUAUGCAGUCGAGGUAUCUGCUGACAUCACAGUAUUUGAGUUGAAAGACAGAGCUGAAGAGAAAACUGGCAUCCCACGACAGAUUCAAAGGCUACGAUAUAUUGACGAGUGCGACAUGGAGGAUUAUGCUAAAUUAUCUUUUUAUCAUAUCACACCAAAUGCUGUAGUGAAAAUGUGUUUUUGGCCGGAAUGGAGACCUCUGCUUAGAGCUGCAUGCAAAGGAGACCUUCAAGCCGUGCUUAACUGUGGUAUAAGCUCACGGAAGUUAUCUGAAGCAGCACCACCUGUCACGUACCGAAUUGAACCCAGUACAAAAGACAAAGGUUCAGUAGCUCUGUUUAUUGCCUCCCAUCGAGGACACAAUCAAAUAGUUCAAGCUCUGAUGAACGAAAACGUGCGCGCAUUUGAACCUCAACCUUCAGACAGGACACCUCUGUUGAUGGCGGCUAAGAAUUCCAGAGUUGAAACGGUUGACUUGCUUUUAGGGCGAACACGUUGUGUUGCUCGCUCGAACCAAUACGAUACCGUUCGAGAAAGGACCUUACAAUCGUUGGUCGCCUUACUGGAGAAGAAAGGAGCGUGUAAGAAACUCUGGUUUACCAUGAACCAAGCUAAGUUGAACAAAGUAAAGAGAGAAAGUCAUCCUAGUUAUCGUUUGCUGAGACAACAUCAAAUGCACGACUCAAGAACACCUGUCUGGAUGAAAGGUGGGUGUUGAGGUGUAGGAAGCACAUUUUAGCUCGAGGGCAUUAACUUUAAUUUUAGGGCAUUUGCCUGACGAAAAGGGCAUUUAAAGUUGCAUCGUAUUCAGUAUAUACUAUUAAAAUAAUUUGGAUAAAUAAUUUAGUCCUGCUAUGCCAAUACUUUGGUGUUGACAAUGAAAAAAAUAAUAUCUGCAUAGCAAGACUAAGGUUUUCACCACUACUAGCGGCAGUUUUCGCGCAAAGCGACAUUUGGGACUGAUUAAACGGGCGCUUUUUCUCGGCUAAAUGCGAAAUAUUUCGCCUGUUUUUUUUGAAUUGUGACCACUUGAAUUAAUCAGUACGUUCUGCUUGAUCGCUCAGAGUUCGAAAAAAGACGACAAAAUAUUUCGCGGCAAUUCGCUUUAAAAUAUCGCCCGUGGCCGUGGAAUCAGAGCUUUUUACUUUCGUUCAGACUUCAGAGAUCCAAAUGCAACCAAUUCAACAAAUUAUUGGUUCCGGCUCAUUCACACAAUUUUGAGCCACGAAAAAAGAGAAUUUCAGUUAUAACAGUCUAUUCAGUCUAUUUCACUAUAGCAAGAUUAAAUCAAAGGUCUCAAUGAGACGACUCACGGAUGCACGAAUAGCCGAUUAAUUGGCUAGUAGAUAACCAGAUAAACAAGUUUUUAAUACUAAGCGCGCAAAGCAGGUUGGUCGAGUUAAUGGCACUAAA